GCCGCGGGCCGAGCGAGUCGAUGAGUCGGUGCUGGAGCAGAGCGCGAGCGCGCGGCGUCUGAGGUCGGGCGGGUCGGCGUCUUCCGCGUCCGGGCUGGCAGCGGUCGCUGUGGGGAGGCAGGCGGACGCCCUCGAACCUAUUCAGGAUGCUGUGUCUGCUGCUCCUUUGUGAAUGUCUUUUGCUGAUAACUAGUCAUGCUCAUGAUGAUGACUGGAUUGACCCCACAGAUAUGCUUAAUUAUGACGCUGCUUCAGGAACCAUGAGAAAGUCUCAGAUGAAAUAUGAUACAUCCGAGAAAAAGGAAGCUAUCCCUGACUUGUCAAAUGCCGAGGAGUUAUCAGACUGCUUGCACAGACUGGAUUCUUUAACUCACAAGGUGGAUGUUUGUGAGAAGAAGAAAAUGAAAGAUUAUGAAAGUCAAAGCAACCCUGUGUUUAGGAGAUACCUAAAUAAGAUUUUAAUUGAAGCCGGCAAGCUUGGACUUCCUGAUGAAAACAAAGCUGAUGUGCAUUAUGAUGCUGAGAUUAUCCUUACAAGACAAACACUAUUGGAGAUACAGAAGUUCCUCAGUGGAGAGGAGUUGAAGCCAGGAGCCUUGGAUGACGCAUUAAGUGAUAUUUUAAUCAAUUUUAAGUGCCAUGAUUCAGAAGCAUGGAAGUGGCGAUUUGAAGACUCUUUUGGAGUGGAUGCAUAUAAUGCAUUUAUGGUACUCUUGUGUCUGCUCUGCAUUGUGCUCUUGGUGGCUACAGAACUGUGGACAUAUAUUCGCUGGUACACACAGUUGAGACGCAUUUGUAUUAUCAUUUUUCUCUUCAGUGUGGGAUGGAAUUGGGUAUAUCUAUAUAAGGUAGCUUUUGCUGAGCAUCAGGCUAGCGUUGCCAAGAUGGCGCCAUUGAACAAUGUGUGUGCUGAGAAGAUGGACUGGACCGGAAGUCUCUGGGAAUGGUUUAGAAGUUCAUGGACCUAUAAGGAUGACUCGUGCCAAAAGUACUAUGAGCUCUUACUAAUCAACCCUAUUUUGUUGGUUCCGCCAACAAAGGCUCUGGCAGUUACAUUCACUAACUUCGUAACAGAACCAUUAAAGCACAUUGGAAAAGGAACUGGUGAAUUCAUUAAAGCACUCAUGAAGGAGAUUCCAGUGUUACUGCAGAUUCCGGUGCUGGUGAUUAUGGCAUUGGCUGUUCUGAGCUUCUGCUACGGUGCUGGAAAGUCAGUUCCUAUGCUGAGACACUUGGGUGGUCCUGAAAGAGAACCUCCCCAGGCACUCGAGCCAGCCGACAGACGGCAGCAGAAGCAACUUGACUGUAGACUCCAUGGUGGAGCAGGUGAUGCAGAUUUCUGUUACAGGGGCCACGCUGGCUCCAUCGAGCAAGGCCCUUAUGACAAGAUGCAUGUGUGUAACAGAGAUGGUUUGAGACAGAGACACGUUGAUAUGAGAUUUCACACUGGCAACAAGAGCCCUGAAGUGCUCCGGGCAUAUGAUUUACCUGACACAGAGGCACAAGAGCAUCCAGAAGUGGUACCCAGCGUAAGUCAGCAACUGUGUAUUCUGCUGCCUGUUCACUCUAGGCCCAAGAGCUCCUUACAGAUGUGUUGGUCUUUACCCCGUCAGCUCGGUCACCAGUCCAGCAUCCUCAGAAGAUGAGAUUUACUUAUGUUAAAUACCAUUUAACUGUAUUCGUUACAACAGGUGGUAUUUCCUGUGAAAUCAACAAGCGAUUCUGACUGGAAUUUCUGCUUUUGACAUGAUCAGAGAGGGUCUCCCAGAGGGCCUAAGUGUGCUGGCUGUAGAGCUCUGAUGGCCCAGCCUGGGAGAGAGGGCUGGGCAGGGAUCAGAAGCCCUCCCUGCUUUCCCUUUCUCUUAACAGAAUCCCUAUUGAUACUAUAGUAUAGAAGAAAGUAGUAGCACGGUUGGCUGGACUGGACGUUUUAUCUGCAAGAUGAUGAGUUCUUCAGCAGUCCUGGGUAUUGAACCUGGGCUCUCACAUGCUAAGCCACUGAACUACAUUUUUGGCAUUACUGUUGGUGUUUUUAAAGGGCCAUUUCUAUUUCUGCCCACGAUAGGAAUUGGUAUUGUCAUUUGUAAUGUUUGAGUUUCAACUAGAAACUGUUGAAAAAGCUGUAAGUACAAGAGACUCUGGAAAUAACAGGAAUAGCAUUGGGUUCUUCUACGGAUGUUAAUGUAGCUAAAUACCCUGAGACUGUCCCUUCUGACUUUUAUAGCUGUUAUCACCUGCCACUCAUUCUAAAGCCCCUCUAGUGAUGUCCCAGCUGGCAGGGAAAGCCAUCCACCACAGUGGUUCUGGGAACUCCCUGCUCUGCCAUGCCCACAUGUAACCCCUUACCAAUCAUUUCCUGCUCUCUCUGCUCAUUGAACCUUGGUGACAGGGUCUUGUUUUUGUUGUUCAGUUUAAAAUGCUGUGCACAUACUCUUCAGCGUUUACUCAUGUCAUCUUAAUCUGCCAUCUGAUCAUAAUCCGUCUAGCACCAACCUCAUUUUUUUCUAUGUAGCCUGUACUUCAAAUGUCAUACUCUUGUACGCCAGAUGGUUCAGCCCCACCCAAGUGUGGGUUCCUAUGGGAGCAGAUUUUGUUUUGCUUCUUCUUUAUUCCCAGCACCUAGAACUUAAAACAGGCUCACAUGAGAUUAUUCUCACCAGGCAGGAGGAGACAUCGUUACUGGUAGCCAACCCUUUAGACCUCCUAAGCAGGGUCUGUAGACUACCUACAAGACCUUAAGUGUCCCCAUCCUUCCAUGUACAGUUCUGUAAGGCUUAACUGCUUCAGUUAUGAUGCAGCUCAAGAAUCGGGAUUUUAAAAUGUUUGGAGCACACUACAAUAGAUUUGGAUAAGAACUGGCAAUGAAUU